UUCCUUUUGAUAAAGCUUCUUUCAAAAUGAGUGCGGACCCAAAUGGUAUCCAAGUUGAUCCCGUCUCAGAGGAGAACAAAGUAAAAGCAGAAGAAGCGAAAGAAGCUGCAAAUAAACUGUUUAAUGGUGGGCUAAUUUGUGUGGCUGCAAUAGCCAAAUAUACGGAAGCAAUUAAUUUGAAUCCAAACGUUGCACAGUAUUAUGCCAAUCGAUCCUUUGCCCAUAUAAAAACUGAGGCAUACGGUUUUGCUGUUGAAGAUGCAGAACGUGCUGUCAAAGUCGAUCCAACAUAUGUUAAGGUUGCGAAAAAAAAUCCGAGCGACACAGAUGUAGGAAAAAAAUUAGCGGAAUGCAAGAAGAUUGUGAAACAAAUUGAAUUUGAAAAAGCCAUUGAGGUAGAUUCACACCAGAAAAACAUUGCUGAAACAAUGGAUGUAGAUGCGAUCGUUGUGGAUCCUUCUUACAGUGGACCAAAACUCGCGGAUGGACAGAUCACAAAAGAAUUUAUUGCAGAAAUGAUGGAAUCAUCUCAUCCUUGCAAUGUGAGAAUUAAUGAAAGGUUUGAUACAGAUAAUUUUAGCCGUACGGAAGAUGAUGUUGCAAAUGCCAUCGUUGGCAACCAUGAAACGGAUGAUAUGAACAAGGUUUAUGGAUUCGAAGGGGAGGUUAAAGCUAAAUAUUCUGAACAAAUGUUUGAAUUAUUUUCUGAAACAUUUACUACCCUUCCGCUUGCACAUCUUAUCAACAAAAAAAUUUUGGUAGUUCAUGGUGGAUUAUUCAGUAGAGAUGAUGUUACACUAGAUGAGAUUAGAAAGAUUGAUAGGAUUGGCAAGAAACAACCUGAUCAUGGAAAUCCGCAACUACUCCCGGGACGUGGUCCAAGUAAACGAGGCGUAGGAAUACAAUUUGGACCUGAUAUCACUGAGAGUUUCCUUAAGCGUAAUAAUAUUGAUUUACUAAUAAGAAGUCAUGAGGUCAAAGAAAAUGGUUAUGUGGUCGAACAUAAUGGCAAAUGUGCGCUAAUUAACAUUACGCCAGACCUACAAUUAAGCUAUCAGACAUUUGAAGCUGUG